AUGGUCAACCCCACCGUGUUCUUCGAUAUAGCCGUGGACGGCAAGCCCUUGGGCCGCAUCUCCUUCGAGCUAUUUGCAGACAAAGUUCCAAAGACAGCAGAGAACUUCCGUGCCCUGAGCACUGGGGAGAAAGGAUUUGGUUAUAAAGGUUCCUGCUUUCACAGGAUUAUUCCGGGAUUUAUGUGCCAGGGCGGGGACUUCACACGCCAUAAUGGCACUGGAGGCAAGUCCAUCUAUGGGGAGAAGUUUGAUGAUGAGAAUUUCAUCCUGAAGCACACGGGUCCUGGCAUCCUGUCCAUGGCCAACGCUGGACCCAACACGAACAGUUCCCAGUUCUUCAUCUGCACUGCCAAGACCACGUGGUUGGAUGGCAAGCACGUGGUCUUCGGCAAGGUCAAAGAGGGCAUGAACAUCGUGGAGGCCAUGGAGUGCUUUGGGUCCAGGAACGGCAAGACCAGCAAGAAGAUCACCAUUGCUGACUGUGGACAGAUCUAG